AAGAAAGAGCUCGGUUCGUACGCAUUCGAGAAGAAGAUGCCUGAGAGCGUACUCAAAAAACUCCGAGAUGGCGAACCCACAAGACGGAUCAACCGCAUCGGCAGAGAUGGCCGGAUAUUUACAGAACGUGUCGUGGAGAACGAAGUGCCCGAACUCAUUCCGACUAUCACUCGCCUAUGCGUCGCGUCAUCCGAAGGUCUUUCAAAUGUCUACGUCUGUCAUCCAAGCGUCCACCACGUGCACAAGGGAACCAGUCCAGGCUAUUUCUGCGGCUACCGAAACAUUCAGAUGCUCGUAUCAUACAUCCGAGGCACAAAAGCAACAGGUCACGAACGCUUUGAAAGGGGUAUCCCAGGUAUUCUUCAGAUACAAGACUUGAUCGAAGAAGCUUGGGACCGUAAUCCAUUCUGUGUCGGCAGGCAAGAGACUGGAGGAAUUCGCAACACAAGGAAAUGGAUAGGCACACCUGAGGUGGCCACCUUCUGCAAGUUUUUGGGUAUCGCUCACUCUGUUCAGACAUUCGGUGGCACAUCUGCCAAAAUGGCGCAUGAGCACCUGCUUGACUUUGUAGAAGCAUACUUCUCACAGGACGCCCAACUUAACUCGAAAGUGCACAGGUCUCACCGUCCGCCGAUCUUCUUCCAACAGCCAGGCCACUCCAUGACGAUUGUCGGGUUUGAGCGCUCCAAAAACAGCAAGCGCAAUCUGCUGAUCUUCGAUCCAUCUUUCGGUCCAAGGAAGCAGCUCCAAGACAUAGUCUCAAAAUCAUCACGUGCCGCAAUCUCUGCAGACUUGGCCGACCUCCUCCUCAGGACGUACAGGCGAAGUGCCGUUCAGCUCAAGAAAUAUGAUGAAUUUGAGAUUCUCACGUAA